CUAGGUGCGAGCUCGCGCUCUACUUACUGGGAGCUAUCGCCCUGCUCGUAUGCACGCGCACUGGGGUGAUUAGCGCGUGCCCAUCACAUACUCACCUCUCCGCCUCCCUGAACGCUACAGACUUGACUUCAUAUUUCCCGGGAAAGACUUAUAAAAUAUCGCAAGCGUGACGUCACAGGGAAAUAACCACUAGUUCAGCACACAGAGCCUGUUGGCCCCUCCCACACACCAAACACGUGUCAGUUGUUGCUUUUCCUAACCGGGUGUCAUGGCGGCUGCCGGGGAGGCUGAGUUCACUGUGGGCUCCAUAGGGGCGGGCAGGAUGGCGCAGGGUGUGCUAGAGGGCAUCAUGCUGGCAGGGAAAAUUCCAGCCAAGCGCAUAAUAGUGAGCGCACCAACAGACCGGAACCUGACAAAAUUCAGAGAACGCGGCUGUCACACGACUCAUUCCAAUGUAGCUGUCCCCUCGGCUUGUAAAGUGGUAUUUCUGGCGACCAAACCACAUCUCAUUCCUAAAGUCCUCAGAGAAAUUAACCCAUCUGUGACCCCAGACCAUGUGAUCAUUUCAAUGGCUGCUGGCGUUACUCUACAAACCCUAGAAUCUCAUUUGCCUGUGGGGACAAAGGUGCUCAGAAUGAUGCCUAACUUGCCGUGCGUGGUGCAGGAGGGAGCGGUGGUCUUCACCCGUGGGCACAGUGCCGGCCAGGAAGAGGCAGACAUGCUGAAGAGCCUGCUGUCUGAGUGUGGGCUGUGUGAGGAGACGCCGGAGUCCUACAUCGAUAUCCACACUGGCCUGAGCGGCAGCGGAGUGGCCUAUGUUUACACGUUUGCAGAAGCUUUAGCAGAUGGAGCUGUUAAGAUGGGAAUGCCGAGCGUUUUAGCCAGGCAGAUCGCAGCCCAGACGCUGCUGGGUGCUGCAAAGAUGAUCUUGCAGACUGGGAACCUCCCGGCCCAGCUGAGGUCUGAUGUCUGCACUCCGGGAGGAACCACAAUCUAUGGUCUUCAUGAGCUGGAGAAAGGCGGACUAAGAGCAACAGUAAUGAAUGCUGUAGAAGCUUCUACACAGAGAGCAAGAGAUCUGGGCAAACAAUAAGACCAGGAGAGAAGGAACUAAGCAGCGCUGGCUGAUUGCACCGCACAGACUAGAUGCUAUAAUAGGACCUUGUGUAAAUGAUAGUUUGUAGACUAGCCAAGUUUUUACUUCUUGUUCAGAUUUAUUGCACUGAUUCUGGCUGCUGAUAUUUAGUCCUUUGAUAGUGGGUAGUUUCCCAUCACUGAUUGUGUGAUGUGAGAGAUGUUCUACGGGAUGGGACAGCGCCCUGUUAAUCUCUCACGACAACUGAAGUAUAUGUCCAUAAACCUGGUCUUUAUCUAAA